UAAGCCGUCGAUAUUUUUAGGGUAGACUGGGUAGACCCGGGACUAGUAUACUACAGUACUAAUAAACAUUGAUUAUUUUCGCUUAUUGUGUUUUGUUAACAAUCACAUGCAACUGCUCGUGUUUUCUUGGUUCUUCUGUUUGAAAUGACUUUAGAAGAUCCAUUUUACGUCGUCAAGGAUGAGGUGUUCAAGGCAUUAAACAAAACACGGGGCCUUUAUUUACGCUGGCAAGAACUAUCAAAAUCACCUACAGUGCCUAAUAGCCCAGAGGUUGAGUGGACCUCAACAGAGCUGAAGAAUGCACUGCGUAGUAUUGAAUGGGAUUUGGAAGAUUUAGAAGACACUAUAAGUAUAGUUGAAAAAAACUCAUCAAAAUUUAAGAUUGAUAACAAGGAGAUUUGUGAGCGAAGGGCAUUUAUAGAGGCAACGAAAAAAGAAGUAAAGGUUAUGAAAGGCAAAAUGACUUCAAACAGAAAGAAUGAUAUUGACGGGACCGCACGGGAGCCCCUACUGGGUGAGGAGAGUCCAAUACAUUUUGGUAAUUUCUGGGCAACAACACCACAGAAUUCCAGAUAUUCGAGGUUAGCAAAUCAGACUGACAGCCCGCCACCAUUUGAUAUGUACGAAAGUGAUAUAAUGUCUUUGCAAGAGGAAAUGUUAAUGAAUCAAGAUAAUCAGUUGAAUGUCAUCAGUAAUUCUGCCGCUAAUCUGAAGACGGUUUCUAAGCAAAUCGGCAAUGAGCUUGAUGAACAAGCUGUUAUGUUGGACGAUAUGAAUACGGUAUUGGAAAAUACAGGUUCCAGAUUAGAUUCAACUGUUAAGAAAGUAGCUAGAGUCCUUCAGAUGAACAAUGAUCGACGUCAAUGGCUGGUUAUCCUGAUUUUAAUUGGAAUUCUGCUUCUAAUUUUAUUAUUGUUCAUAAUCCUUUAAAUUAUUUUCACAUUUUUUAUAUAUAUUUAAUCCAAACAGCGUGCAGUUAUUCUUGCCAUUUAUAUUUUAAAUUAUUAGGUAAAUUUUAGAUGUGAUUUAUCAUGUAAAUGCAUUAUUUUACUUCAUUGUCUUACAAUUGUUAGCAUAUAGCUUAAAUCUUACUAGUUUUAUAAAUGGGAAUGUUUAGAUGGAUGGA